AUAAAACAACAGAAAAUUUUAAAACAGUAAUGGCCGUCUGGCCUUUUGCUUGGUGAGCGAUGGUGAUAAGAGCCAUGGCGGACGGCGGACUACCAUCGUCUUUACUUUGCUAAAAGCAAUCAGAUUCGUCAAACACCACUGUACAGUUUUAUACUACUACAAAGGGUCAAAUGCUGCACUAGCAUCUCAAUCAGAUUUGUCCACGAACAGCCUCUCUAGGAUAUUUAAUGGCUUCUCUCCAGUCUAUUCUCCGGCUCAUUUCUCAGGCAGAAAACAGCCCGGCAGUGUUCCCUUACCGUUCUCACAGCUCAAUACGUUCUACUCGAUUUCACUCUCACUAUGUACACAAUUUGCGCAAUACCCGACGGUUGUAUUUCCGAGGAUUCAGAAUUAUGGCUUCGGUUGCAGAUACUGUUGGUCAUACUUCUGAUGCCCCGGUGCUUACUAGUUCAGAGGUUAUUGAAAGGCUAAGGGCAAGAAGAGAAAAUCAAGAAAACCAGCAACAAUACCUUGCCAUGUAUUCCAGCGUUUUUGGAGGAAUUACGACAGACCCAGCUGCUAUGGUAAUUCCAAUUGAUGAUCACAUGGUCCACCGGGGACAUGGUGUUUUUGAUACUGCUAUCAUAGUGGAUGGAUAUCUGUAUGAGUUGGACCAGCACCUUGACCGCAUUUUGAAAUCAGCAUCGAUGGCAAAAAUUAACCUCCCAAUUCCAUAUGAUCGGGAGAUGAUUAGAAGGAUACUCAUAAGAACUGUGAGUGCUUCUAAGUGUAGAAAUGGAUCACUUCGAUACUGGCUCUCGGCAGGACCUGGAGAUUUUCAACUUUCUUCUUCUGGCUGUCAUCUGUCAGCCCUUUAUGCAGUUGUAAUUCAAGGGAAGCCGACAUCUCGUCCAAAAGGCAUCAAAGUUAUAACUUCAUCAGUCCCUAUGAAACCACCCCAAUUUGCAAUUAUGAAGAGCGUAAAUUACCUACCAAAUGUUCUUUCAAAGAUGGAAGCAGAAGAAAAAGGUGCUUAUGCAUCCAUUUGGUUGGACAGUGAUGGAUUCAUUGCUGAAGGGCCUAAUAUGAACGUGGCUUUUAUUACAAGCGAUAAGGAACUCAUAAUGCCUCACUUCGACAAAAUUCUAAGCGGGUGCACAGCUAAGAGAAUUAUAAAUCUUGCUGAGAGGCUGGUGAAAGAGGGUAAGCUUCGGAGUAUAAGCUGUGAAAAUAUAACCAUUGAGGAAGGGAAGAAGGCGGAUGAAAUGAUGCUUAUUGGGAGUGGAGUUCUUGUUUCUCCCGUACUGCAGUGGGAUGAGCAAAUCAUUGGUGAUGGAAAAGAAGGUCCAUUGGUUCAGGCACUUUUCGAUCUUCUCAUCGAGGACAUGAACUCCGGUCCCCCAACAGUCCGAGUACCAGUUCCAUAUUAACCCGACCUGCCAUCUCUCUCAGAAUUUACUGAUGCAGCUUCCAUGAAUGCUGCUAGCUCAAGCAGUGCAGGGUAUGAGAGAUAGGACGGCAGUUCUCCUUUUUAAAGGCUUCUUUUUUCUUGUUCUCCCUUUCUUUUGUGUAUUAGAAAAAGGGCUUAAUAAAUCACUAUGAACACACAUCUCUUUAGAUGUUUUUCAUUAUUGAUAUUGUCUCAACAAAGUACAUUAUAAUUGUUAUUAGAAGUCUGAUCAAUAAAGUAACUUUUUAUAACCC